GCUUAAUCUGGUCUUAAGACCAGCGUGUUAUUUAUCAAAACCUGUCACCCUCAUCGCAGAAAAUGGAACAACAAUUACGGAGGGCGAUCACGGUGUUGCAAUGUUAUGCAGAUACAUUGUGAUUAUCACGUGGUGCAGCGGUACCCGUAUACAUGUAUUGAGACACGGGCGACCCGAAGUCUGCCUCUUAUAAAGCUCAAGGCAAAGAGUUACUCUAGCAGUGUAUCAUCAGAUAACUGCCCACAACUUUUUAAACUCAGUGCAAAACAGGAAACUGUUCUUCCAAUUAUAUAUAUAUCAUAACCCCGUGUCUAAACACCUCGUGUAGUAAGUACGACAGUAUCCACUCCGACAACGAUGAGUGCGGUUCGUGCCGAACGACCAGCCCUGCAGCAGACCUUGCCGGCUGGAGGGAGAAAGGCCAGGGAGGCUUUUUGGUUUCUGUGGAAAAAACUGAAAUGGCUGGAGGAUAUGCGUCAUCUGUCCAGUUGUUGGAAAAAACCAUUCCCGGUUAUCGGCCAGGGAACUUUUAUUUUCAACGCUGACAGACGCUUUCAGCCGUUCUACAUCUCCGUCGAGGACGCAGAAGAUGAGUACCCGAUGAUCGCAUUGCACGUGGGCAACGACUGCGCGUCUUUCAUCAUUCAACGCAAGCGCGACCGAUGCCCAAAGGAGCUCAAGCGAAUCGACCAGGCGGGAUGCGGGGUGGAGGAAGGGAAAGUGUCCUACUGGUACAGCUACGACCGCGACAACCUGGUGCUGAAGUAUGGCAAAGGAUACCGGAUGGAGGAGACCACGCUCAUGACGCAUGACUUUCUGGCGAAAGCAAAAAACCCAAGGGAGAGAGAGCGCAUGAGGCAAGAGAUGCACGAGCACUUGUUCCGACCAGAUAGAAAGAAGUUCGUCAAGUUGUAUAAUGAAAUGGUCAGAGGACAGUUUGAAUGUCCUAAUUCGCAAGUAGAGGGAGUCGAUGUGUUGGAGCCGCUGGUGGAGUUUGACAAAGAGCCUUUCAUCUGCAACCUGCCGCCGAUGGUUCUGGACAGUUCAAAGGUCAACCUGUUCACCCUGGACAAGGGUGAUUACACUUUCUCGGCGAGUCUGCCGUCUGCUUGCAAGGAACUCUACUCGAAUGUGGUGGGCUGCGAUCUGAAUUAUACCGAGGUAGAAGGGGAGAAGGUGCUGCUGUCGGAUGCGAUCCGAUACAGCCUGGCAAAUGGCGUUCUGAAAGAGAAGAUCGAAAGUAAAGUAGGUGAGCUGGGAGAUGAUCCCAACGAAACGUACUUGCGUGUCACUCUGGGCCACAGUCUCGGAAAAUCUCCAGGAAUCCCGUAUGUGCUGGAGAUUUGGCCCGCAGGCCACUACAGUCCCAUCCACAACCACGGCAACGCCAAUGCCGUCAUCAAGGUCCUAUUCGGGUCUAUUACUAUCGAUAUCUUUAACAAGCAGUCGCCCACCAGUUCCCACGAUCCCUUGCUAACCUUUGAGGCGAGCGCGGGAAAUGUCACUUGGCUGGACCGCAACUGGUACCAGACCCACAAACUUCGCAACCCUUCCAAUGAUUACUGCGCUACAAUUCAGUGCUACAAAUAUGACGCAGGCGACACUGCGCAUUGGCCCUAUUUCGAUUACGUGAGCGAACACGAAACAAUAGAUGAGUUCUACCCAAAUUCCGAUUUUGACUUUUGUGAAAUGCGUGAGAAAGUCAUGACCGAAUACAAACAUUAUAUCUUCAACUAUUUUUAGGCUCCGUUUCGAGAAGAAAGAGAAAGAGAGAAUAGACUUAGUAUACAUUGUUUGGUGACAUUUAAAAAUGGUUGCCGUGGGUCUGUUCUGAUGCAUUUCUGGAGUAAUAUCUCGAUCAUGCAGAGUGACUUUAAUUAAAUUCAUUGACGUAUCCAAGGUAAUUAAGUUAGUCAAGUUUAUACAUAUAAAAAUAUUUCAUUAAAGGUCUUUUUUCAAGAUUGUUAACUUCGUUCCAAUACGCUAAUUGUAAUUUAGCUUGUGUUUUGUUAAGUUGACGUGGGUUUGACUUUCAAUUUGGUCUGAUAUGAUUGACAAUAACUUGCUUCUGUAGACAUUUCUUAUGUUUUCAAACAUUGCUGUCAUUCUGUACGGCUAGGCAAGGUUAGCAGUUUACUCUUAGUUGGCCAUUAUGUGGCCUUAAAAUACUUUUUUAUUUAUCUCACCAGUCUUGACAGCAGAGGUAUUUUCAUUGUAUUUAAUUGCAAGUACUGAUGUGAGAUACUUCGUCAAUUUCGUCCUGUCUGCCAGUUUACCAACGUCUGUGACGUAGGAGGGGGAGGUAUCAGGUGAUGUUGCUCGACUUCGGAUGAGAGUGUGUUACUCCCAUCCGGAAGUACCAGCGAAAUACUAAGACCUUAUUCAUGUGAUACAAGUACCGGUAGUGUUUGCAUUUACUUGUGUCGAGAUGACUAAAUCUGACCCUUUAAUUUGAAACAAUUUGGACUUUUCCCUCGUUUUUGUUCAAAGAGACGAAUUACCUAUUCAGCGACAGAAAACGUAAACUGUCAACAUCACUGUUAGGGUGACUUUAUAUGAAAUCAUUUUUGCUAGAAAGUUCUUUCGCUUCAAUAACUUGAGGAAUAAUUAAUUAUUCUAGUUCUAGUAUUUAAAUCAAAACGAUAUCCAAAACUGUAAGAAGCACAUUUCAAUGUGACUUAAGUGAGCUCAUGUUCACAAGAGAUGCAACUGCUGAAUUUACAAUGAAUGCCACACUUUAAAUGUUGAUUAGAAGUACUUAUUUCCGACAAUUUUACUCUGUACAAGUAAACGUUUAUCAUCAAUAAACUGUUCUUCUCUCAGUAGUGCUGAAAACGAUCUGCAGUCAGGAUAAAUCAUCGAAAACAUACUUUUUCUCUAAUGAUGUUUAAUUUCGUGGUAUCCUUCUGAGAUAUCGAUGUAAAUGCUCUGUUCUAUUUUAAAGUUGUUUGUGCGCAAUUUUAAUGUUCUGGAGUUCGAAGUUUAAUUAAUGUAAUAAUUAUGUUUAUACUUGUAUAACAAAAGUGGCAUUUUUGAUUGUCAAUCUUUAGGGUUAUUACCUUCAUAUGUACUCAUACUUUUUUAGGCGAAAGGAUAAGGUCAAGUGUUAUGAUUCCAUUUUCUUAAUUAUUUUACAAAAUACUUAUAAUUAUAUUCACAUUUAAUCUAAUGUAAUUUAAUUGUCAAUAUUUUCUUUCUUCUGCUUUUUCUUUUUGGUGAGUUUAUUCUUUUGUAUUUAUCACAUACUUAUCACUGUAAAAUGUCUUAAUUCGGCCUUUGUUUUAUGUUAAUUAAUAAACCAUUUAAAAUUCAAAAACAGUUCACAUAAAAAAGCCAAACUGCACUUCAUAGAUUGUCGAAGUUGCAGAAGGAAGAUAAAUCUGUUUUUAAACGUCUUAUUCUUCAAACAGAAUUUCAGACAUCAUUGUGGCAGGUUUAAUUGUUAUCAUGCAAAACUUCUCUGUGAUCCAAGGGCUUUAAGUUGAAAAACUGCGUAGGUCAAAAGAGGAUAGGCCUAGAUGUUUCACGGAGACUCUGUCAUCAGAGGUUUUCCCGCAAGCUUUGUAUUUCUGUCAUUCAC